AGUACUCUGAGUCUAUUGAUCCUCAGUGCCUCUGGUUCUCUCACCUUGUCAACAACUGGCACCCUGGUCCUCUCCUGUCCUGCUGUCCCAGAUCUACAGUAGAGCGUGGACGUCUUUCUCUGCCUGCCGACACCCUCCUGGCCUGGAACCAAAUGUGGACGUCUUCCUCUUAGACCUGCCUGUCUAGACCCACCUGUGCUGUGACUUUCUCUCUGUGUCUGUCUCGCCACCAUGCUGCCUCGCACCUCAGCCUUCCUCAUGCUCUCCCUCUGCCUCUCCUGGGGGAUGUCUGCUUCUCUGGUCAGGAACAUCACUCCUGAAGAGGAAGUCGUCCCAGCGGCAGAAACCAUGUUCAGUGCCGUUGUAGCUGACGAGUUUGUAGCUGAGGAACCAGUUGCGGACUCCCCUGUUGCUGAUGCUCCGGUGGCAGCAGACGCCCCUGUAGACGCCCCUGUCAUGGCAGAUGAAGCCCCAGACAUGGAGGCCAUCAUGGCGAACAUGCCAGUUUUGGAAGACCCUGCAUACAUGGAUCUGGAGAGCCUUGUUAAAGAGGCCCUGAUAACAGAAGCCAUGAUUAAAGAGUUGUCUGCCCAGGUGGAGGAGGAAGACCUCGCUAAAGAGACCGAGAUUCAAGACGCCAUCUUGAAAGAUUUGGCUGACCAGGAGGCCCUUGAGAAAGCAACGGAGCCCAUUGAAGAGGCUGCAGAAGCAGAAGCUCCAGCGAUCCCUGUGGUGCCUGUCGUCGAAGCCCAGGAAGAGGACUCUGACUGGGGCUUGGUUUCAAUCAGAGAGAGCCUCCAGGCAGCCAAUGGAUACUUUGACUCGCUGGUGGAACUGAUGGGGGGACGCAACGGAGUGUGUCAGUACAAAUGCAAAUACGGUAAGACGCCUGUGCAUCGCCAUGGUUACGUGACCCCAGAGCCCAAUGGUUGCAGCUCCGACCUCCUAGGAUUCCAGGUACCUGAUAGUUUUGACAUGGGCAUCCCAGCCAUGACUCAGUGCUGUAACCUGCUGGACAGAUGUUAUGACACCUGUGGCUCCAACAAAAACCGCUGUGAUUCCAAGUACCGCUUGUGCCUCCACGAUAUUUGCUCUGACCUGAAGAAGAGCCUGGGGCUUGUGUCAAAGGUCAAAGCCUGUGAGUCUGUAGCAGAUGCUCUGUACAACACAGUGUGGACGCUGGGCUGCAGAUCCUUCAUGAACAGCCAGAGGGAGGCAUGUUACUGUGAGGGAGAGGAGAGGGACGAGCUGUAGAGGACCAGGCUGGGACACAAUACAACACUACCCAACACUAGACCAACCUGGGACACAGCACUACCCAACACUAGACCAACCUGGGACACAGCACUACCCAACACUAGACCAACCUGGGACACAGCACUACCCAACACUAGACCAACCUGGGACACAGCACUACCCAACACUAGAACAACCUGGGACACAGCACUACCCAACACUAGCCCAACCUGGGACACAGCACUACCCAACACUAGACCAACCUGGGACACAGCACUACCCAACACUAGACCAACCUGGGACACAGCACUACCCAACACUAGCCCAACCUGGGACACAGCACUACCCAACACUAGACCAACCUGGGACACAGCACUACCCAACACUAGACCAACCUGGGACACAGCACUACCCAACACUAGA